GCUCUAUCUGUUCCUCUUAACGUCUUCUCAAAACUUCCAUUCCUGUCGCUCGUUUAACUAUAUAACCCGACCUUCAUUUGAAUCAAUACAAUAUGCGUAUCCAAUCUUUCGCCCUUUUGGCCGGUGCCACUGCCGCCAUCGCUGCCGAGACAGUCACUCUUUUCCUGCCUGGCUUCGAUGAGCAAUCACUUGAGGGCAAGAUCAUUGGCACGACCGGUUCCAUGACCAAAUAUCUCGUCAAGUGUGCUGCCGACGUUGACUCCACCGAAUGCGGCGUUCCCGCUGAUGGCAUGACCGUGGCCCAAGGCUCUUCAACCGUCAGCCUGGCAUACAGCGCGGGACGUAUGUCCAUCGAUGAGAACUGCAAGUAUGAUUCCGUAAGCGUGACUUGCGCUGCCAGCCUCGACGAGGAAGGCAUAACCACUACCUUCACCUCCGCCGUCGCCCUCACUGAAAUCCCCGGUGGCGGCGCUUUGAUGCCUGUCACUAUCACCGGAACUGGAACUGAGAAGGCCGCCGCCACUACCGGUGCCUCCGCAUCGGCUCCUACCGCUUCCUCGACUAGCGGUGCUACUUUGACUACCUCCGCUUCGACUACCGCUGGUACUAGCACUGGUACUAGCACCAACGACUCCUCUAAUAGCAGCAGUGCUGCUGCCACUAGCCAGACUAAGUCUGGUAAUGCUGCUAUGCCUAUGAUUACUGGAAACGCGCGCUGGGCUGCUGGUGGUGCUGCAGCUGUUUUGGCUCUUGCCGCUCUUUGAUCAUCUGGACAUUUUUUUGGAAUGACGGUGGAGGUACAUAGUUGUGGCUUGGUUAAAGCCCCUCUGCCUUGUAAAAAUAUAGAUAUAUAUAUCCUUGUGUAUCAGCUACAACCGAAUCAUCUUCCAUCACUCUACCUGCCGCCUUGCGGUUGAGUAUAAGCUUCCAUUCGAUUAUGUAGCA